GUCUUAUCGUCAAAUGAUAAGAAAAUAUUUAGGUUAAAUUCAUUCUAUCAGGAGGUACCAUCAUGAAGGUAAUAGCACUGAUUGGUUUGACGAUCGUAAUGUGCACUUUUGCACAAACGCUAAAAACUACAGUGUCAGUUUCAACCGAUCAUCUACUCCAGAUUUUAGAAGCAAUGCACAAAUCGCAUUCCUACAAUUCCCUGCCAUCAUCAGAGAGGGUUCUACUUGUGGAAUUGUUGGCUGCAGCAGAGGUUGACCAAAUCACACAUUUAAUUGACAGAGUUGGCUUCGCUCGAAUUGCCCAGUUUCUUGAUCAUGUAACGAAGAUAGACCAAAGGGAGGCAAAUCUUCUGGAACAUUACCUCAUUCAGGAACUUAAUCAAGAGACAGUUGCCGCAGUAAAUCAUUCACAUGACAGUGUUAUCCAGGCACGAGAUCUCCAGUCACAAAUUAAUAAUCUUAUGCAGACACAUUUGUAUACUUCUAUGAAUCAGCAGGACAAACAAUUGAUUGUUGACUUAUUUGUUGCUGCACAACAUCACAACGUCACAGAAUUUAUCCAUAAAAUUGGAUACAGUAAAGUCCUAGCAUUGGUUGAGCAUAUUUCUUCUCCUAGGGACACACACCAGUUUUUGAUUUACUUAGUUGAUCAUAUGGAAGCCGAGGCAUCUGGACAAAAACCUGGGUUUGGAUGAGAAAAAUUUGGAUUUGAAGGAUAUUAAAAAUGAUAAGCUUAACACAAAAACGACUUUGGAUUAAUAAAAAUAGAAUACUUUCUUCUAAUUACCUUUCAUUUCACAUAUAAACAGUAUCAUAUCCAUAAGUGAAUGUUUUUUUAAAUUAAAUUCAAAUUUAUAAAGAA